AUGGCAAAGGUGCCAAAUCUGAGCGAAAAACGUCGAUGUCAAGUACGACGUAUCAUGGAUAUCACACUAUCCGAAUCGCUUUGUGCAGUUGACGAUUCGAUGAGCGUUCGAACUUUGGAGGAUCUUCAACGUCUUAUUCGAAAAGACCGAGAAAUCGUAUCCAGUGCCGGAGCUACAUCAGCCAACAGAUUUACGCUAUGCGAUGGUGAAGAUUGGUGUUCAGUACCUUUGGGAUUACUACCUGGGACUUCAGUAGACACUUUUUCGCUCAUCUUGGAUGAGGAUUGGUUUAGAGCUCAAAAACGCCAAAGAACUGAAAAUGUUGAUCUCAGUGUGAUUGAGGAGGACCAUUGA